AUGGACAUUAUCAAGUCAUCCCCCGGAAGUCGACUUCUGAAAAAGAUCAACUCAAAAUCUUCUCGGACACGCCCUUUCAAAGUGGCCAUCCUGGGUCAAAAUGGAGUGGGCAAAACUGCGUUCACAGUUCGAUUCUGCACCAGACGAUAUAUUGGGGACUAUGACCCUGACCUAGAACGGAUUUACACCUGUCAAAGAGUGAUACAGGAUACACCUGUCGACUUUGAAGUCUGGGACACAGCAGGUGUGAAUGAAAACAGCAGACUCAAGGAACAGAUACGUUGGGCUGAUGCCAUCAUUCUAGUCUAUGACGUCACUGACAGGUGCAGCUUCAACGAAUGUACCCGUCUGAAGUUUCUCAUCAACUCCUUCUCUAGAAAAAGUCGUUGGAAGAUCCUCAGUGAUAGCAGUUCGGACGUCAUCGGUGGCAUUCCCGUCGCCCUGGUGGGCAACAAAGCGGACAGAGAAAAGGAUAGAAUGGUCCACCCAGAGGAAGGAACUAACCGUGCUGUACAGCUGAAGUGUGUUCGUUUCCAUGAGGUCUCUGUGCAGGAGGAAAUCGAUGAUGUCAUUACGGUCUUUGAAGACCUUUACAUAAUCUACAGGAAGAUGAAGAAGUUCAGAGUGAGUCUGUCAUCGUCUAAGACAUCUCUGACGGAAGAGAAGUUGGUGUCCAGCUCCGAUGAUGACCCGGAAGAAUGCGAAGCCAGGUCAAGAAGCGGUGACUUUAGACGAGGGACAAUAAUCUCAGACCCAGAUAACGUUUCGUCCAGCGGCGACAUCAGCUGUAGGCCAAGGUCAAGGCGACGGGAAGCUAUUUAUACAAUGAGUUGA